GGCAGCAAGAACUUACAGAAAGGAAAAACUGUCCAAGAAGCUGUAGAUAUGAUGGAUGAGAAAGAGAUCCUAGACACCAUCCUGGCUCACCUCCAGCAUUCUCUCCAGACUCCUUCUACAGACCCCAAGCAAGCUGCAAGAGGACAGACAACGGCAGACAGCUAUGCUGCGAGCCAGAAAACGGCAGCACCGUCAUGGGGCUGGCAAGCACCUAGCCAAGAUAAGAUUGCUCUUUAUAAAUAUUAUGGGAUGAAACUGCGAGACUCAAGUUCUAAAGAUCUGGUCUGGGAACACUUGCAUAUGCUUCUGAGGUUAACAGGACAAGACGAGGAUAGAGAGGGAAUCUCUGAAGCAGUUGGCCUGGUUGCUUCUCGCCAUUUGCCUGAGAUUCUGGGAGCACUUAGGAAUUAUGGACAGUUGGUUAUUACAAGGAAAACUUUGCAACAAGUGGUGCCUGAGGAACAAAGAAAUGUCUUUGAGAGACAGUUGCGUGCUACUCUGAUAUUGUGCUAUGGACAAGCAGCCUUCGGGGCCAAGCCAGAGGAGAUUUUCCCACGAGCAGAACUCUUUGUAUCAGAGGUUCUUUUUUAUUUCCAGGGCAUCUAUAAGGAUGAGGCAAUUAAGCGAUGCUUCUUGAAGUCUGUAGUUUUGAUCACCAAAGCACUUCAACACUGCAGGAAGGAAGAUAUCCCCCGAAAAACUGAACUGGUCAUAUGCAUUAUAGAAGUGAUUGAUGAAGAGCCAAUGGGGUCAUACACCAUUACAAUUCUUCACCAGGCCAUCAUUACCAUCUCCUCUCUGACUACCUUGAAGCCCCCGUUGGACUCACACAUCAGGUCUGACCUAGUGUCCAAAAGCAUUGAGAAGGUCUUCUCUCUGCCCUCCCUGAAGAUGAUGAAGUUGAAAGCUGGCAGCCCGAUGCACCCAACACAAACACAGGAUUUUUAUCAACAGACCGUCAAUGCCUGCAACAACAUGCUUAUUGGCUUGCUGUCUGAGGCCCCCAGGAUUGAAUCAUUACAGGAUAUACUGAUACACACAAAUGGCUGGAUUGAAUCCCAAAAAAUCUACGAGCGGGAAAGAGCUGUUAGGAGCACCAACUACAUUCUGAAGUUUGUUUCUGAACACUUCAAUUUUAAUACAACCCAGGAGUUUUCCCUGCUUGGGCACCUGUUGGUGCUGCUGUCCCUUCGCAUUGCUGACAGCGCGGAGGACAUUGGCAUGCAGGCAGCAGAGGCCAUAUACUAUCUCCACUACAUUAUCAUGGGCAAACUGGCUAGUGAAAUGGAGAAAAAAUCCAAGAAUAAGAAAGGGAACGUUGUGAAAUGGUUCCGAGAAGACUUUUUCGUUUCUGGCCCCUCUGUUUUCUUCAACAAUAUCGCAAAAGUUGCAAAGGCUUUUGGAGAGCACCUGACCCCCAGUCAGAUCUCAGAGCUUGUGCUAAGAGCGAUAGACAAUCUCACGCAUGAAGAGAAGGCCAUCUCUCGGGGGGCAGGUGUGCUGCUGAGCUCCUUCCUGCAGGAAUGUGGCGCGGACAUGGAGGACCUGCCCAUGGUUAUCAAAGAAAUAUACAUGCAUCUUCCUGACAUCACUGACUCUGUCACCAAAGAGGAGACCCUGAAAGCUGUGCGCAACCUAGCUUCGAAGCGUCUGAAUGGAAUAGUAGACAUCCUUCUUGAAAUCUCGCUGGAAUGUGAUAACAGCGUAGCAGAGAUGUGGAUGGCCCUGGCCUACGACCCAUAUUCGAACAUCAGGAUUAUAGGACCACUGCUCAAAAGGCUGCAAGAUGAAGAGCCUCUUUCAGAAGUCUCCAAUACCAGGCGUCACAGCAAGUCUCUCAUGCCUAUUGCGGCUACCAAUGCUUUGUGUCUGAUCCUGUCUUUGCCCGAGUCUGAGGAUGCAGUCCAGGGCAAAUUUGCCCACCUGCUCAUUGCUCUGGUCACUCAAAUUUAUUUUGUCAUCGGGACAGGAAGGAGAGGAUCCAGGAGGUUAAGUGAUGCUGAGUCCCCUGCCACCCCACUGAGCUCUGCCAUCCAGGCCCUGAAGAACCUGAUUGCAUGUGCUGGGUAUAUAAAGGAGUACAACCUUCUGGGAACACAAGGCUGUUGGGACAUGUUGGCCACCCCAGACAAGUUCUUUGAAGGCAUUUUUCUCCUUAUAAGGUGUUUGUUUGCAUCUAACAAAAUGCACCUCAAACAGACUUUCAAACAGGCCAAUACAUAUUUGCGCCGUCCAGACGUUAAGGAGAGGACUAUUGGGAUGGCCUUCUUCGCCGAGCUUCUUGUUCACAUGCAAAUAGGCAUGAUGUUUGUGAAGCAAGACAUCCUGGAUGUCCUCCACGAAUGGAUGGUGCAGGCCUGCCCACUCAUGCAAGUCUUCAGUAUCCGAGGGCUCGGGUACCUUCUGAAGCAUUCCUUUGAGGAUGAAGCUCUGGAGCGCUUCGUCAAUCCCCUGCUGACCUGCAGCUUAGAUACAGACAAAAACAUUGCCAAAGAGUCCAUUAAGACUUUCCGAAAUUUGUUCUGGCACUUGGGGACGGAGGAUUUUGCACCUGUGGGGAUGACCCUCAUCCCUCAUCUCCUGCAGUACUUUAAUGAUGAAGACAAUGAAUUGCGAGGCUCCGCCAUUGGUCUUUUUGGGAUGCUAUUGAAGGGGGUUAAAAACAGCUCCAAACAAAGCCUGAAGGAAGAAGUUUCCAAAGCAUUUGUUCCCCUCUUAAUUCAGCUGAUGGACCCUUGGACCAGAGAAUUCUCCAAGGAUGCCUUUGCCACCUGCAUCAGCUACAUGAACUGGGGAGAUGUGCCCAAAGAUGUCAUAAACAUCGAUCCCAGUGCCAAUCUCUUCUAUACAUAUGGAAACAUCUGCAAGUACUUUAUGCGGAAAAACAAACAGAAGUUGCCAGAAAUGGUAGCCCAGAUGCUAGAAUAUCUCAAGAGCAGGUUCUCUUCGCACCGAGAGGCAGCAGCCAUCUUGAUAGGAUGCAGUGCGCAGUAUAUGAAGUCUGAUUUGUCCACAAAAGAAAUUGAAGAUAUUUAUAUAGCUCUCCAAGAGCUCCAGGCAGACCAUGAACCUACCGUGGCCAAGAUUGCUUUUGAGGCAACAGAGGAAUUCCUGAGACACUGUGGGAAUCGGGUCAAUCCUGCUAUCACCCCCAGCACAUCCGUCCGGAGAAGCAGCACGGCAAGCGAGACCAGGAAGUGAAAGGGCCUUGGGGAAGGCAGGAAGAAAAAAUGUUCCUUGCUAAGAACCACAGGGAGAAGGCCCAGAUUAAGACAUGCUGCGGUCCUAAGCUAUAAGGCCUCAUGAGC